AUGCUAGGUCCCGAGCCCCAAGAUCUCGUUUACCAAACCAUAGAAAGUUUUGAAACGGAACCAGAUCUCGUAAUUCUUUCAAGAAUAUCUGAUACUAUUAAGCAGACGGAGGAGAAACGGCAGGCCAAGCUAGAUCGUUUACAGCAAAACAUAAGUGCACUUGAAGAGCAACUUGCCGAGGCCAAAGCCAAACUUGAGAGUCUCAAUCAUCCAAGCGAUGUGUUGAAGGAGCAGCUAAGCAGUCUUGGAAAGAGCCCGCUUGAUCCCAAUGAGAACACCUUCCAGCUAAUGAAUACAAAGUCUGGCGAGCUAGACUCGAUGAAAGUGGCGUUAGCCAAGGAAUUGAGAGAUAUUGAGACCCAAAUCAACCAAAAUCACAUGACGAAAAUGAACUUGACGAAAAGAAAGGAGGAGCUUGUAGCGCAGAAAGAGCAGGCGCUAGCAGCUAGUGUGUCAGAGAAUCAUAAUUCCUCCAGCAUGAAGAUCAGCCUAUUUAGAAGCCUAGGGGUUCAUGUUGAUCUGACAGAGAGGGCCGACAAGAUUGUCAUAUUCGACCAGAAGAAAAACCAGACGUCAGUGCUAGACGUAGAUGAGAAGUACUCCGACUACUUUAUAUCCAACUACAUCUGGGAGCGUCUUUAA